GAGCAGCCAGUUGAAGAAUCGGAAAUCCUUCAGAAGUCCACGGCUGGAGUGUCUUUGCUUAUUUCAGUCCAAUUCGUAACAAAACUUUUUACGUUUGUCCUAAAUCAAUUGUUGAUUCGAUAUGUCUCGCCCUCGGUCUUUGCAAUUUCAAUCUACUUGGAGUUUUUGGUUUCGACCGUCUUAUUCUUCAGCAGAGAAGGUGAACGACUUGCAGUUCAAAGGACAGAGAAUAGUAAAAGCGAUCGAACUGGAACUCUUCAAAGUAUCAUUAAUUUUGGUUUUAUUCCCCUUAUAAUAAGUGUGCCUAUCUCGGCUGCCAUUUUCUAUUGGCAAUACAGUACUUCACAGGUAUUUGAUUCCGUUGUUCAGUUGCCUUUUUAUACUUUGACUCUCAGUCUCGUUGGCACCUCCAUAUUUUUCGAAUUGGCUCUGGAACCAGCCUACGCUAUUAAUCAGUUCCAAUUGAACUUUGGAAGACGCUCCCAAUUCGAAAGCACAGCUGUAUUCAAUAGAUGCUUGUUCACUUUCGGUUCAGUAUAUGUUUCAGCUAGUGUAUUGCGGUUGCAAGGGAAAACAUUUGACGGAGCUGCUGUGUUAGCCUACGCUUUCGGUCAAUUUGCAUAUUCGUUCACCCUCUUUGUUUGUUACAUCUUUAACUUCAACAAGGAGAACAAUAAAAGAAGUGCGGAAGAAAGGUUGACUUUUUCGAUUCAGAAGAUUAACCAAACAAAGAACAUCUAUUACUUUUUUGAUAGCAAGAUUUUGGGUAUAUGGAAGGGCUUAUUUGUACAGAUGUUGUUUAAGCAAGUCCUCACUGAAGGUGACAAACUCCUAAUGAACUAUUUGUGUACUUUGGAAGAUCAGGCAGUCUAUUCAAUUAUUACUAACUACGGCUCUCUCAUCGCCAGACUCUUGUUUCAACCUAUUGAAGAGUCUAUGAGAUUACUCUUCACCAGAACACUUUCAUCGUCUCUGCCCUCAGAACUGGCGUUGAAGGACUCCUAUAGAACAUUAUCGCUUCUUUCCAUUUUCUACUUCAACUUAUCGUUGAUGAUCAUGUUAGCAGGGUUCACCAAUUCAUCUUUCUUAUUGAAACUCAUUUUCGGUGGGUCGUCCAAAUGGAAGGAUACUAGCAUCUUCGAGGUGUUUCCACAAUAUACCAUUUACAUUCCCUUCUUGGCUUUCAAUGGGAUCUUGGAAGCCUUCUUCAGUAGCAUAGCCAGCAACAAGGAUAUCAGAAACUUCUCAAUUUACAUGACAAUUCUGACGGCAAUAUUUUUGGUUUCUCUGUACAUCUUUAUUGUACACGGUGGAUUGGGAUUGACUGGGUUGAUUUUGGCAAAUAUAGUCAACAUGAGUUUAAGAAUAAGCUACUGCUACUUUGCCAUUAGUCUGUACUACAACAAGCACAAAAUAGCUCAUGCUACAGUAUCUAUAUUGAAAUAUUCUAGUGCUGGAAUCAUUGUUACUGUCUUGUUUGAAGCUAUACAACUCCUUGUACUUUCAGAUGGCUCUUCAGCGUACACAACUACGUUCAUUGGUUUGGCAAAGAGUUUCCUCAAUUGCCUUGCUUGUUUGCUAAUGUUGUCAUACUUGGAACGUCACAACUUAAAGGGAUUCAUUUCACAGGCACAGCAGAGAUUCUCAAAAAAGAAGGUAGAAUAG